CCGCUGUCGUGUCCAUUCGCUGAUUCCUGUUAUGAAAUUCGAACGACGUCGACGAAUAUGCGGCGAGUAUAUUCGUUGCUCGAUAGUUGCUCGUCGGAGCUCGAGUGCGUAUAAUCGAGUAGCUCGCGCCGGAAGCCACGGCAUCUCGAAACGAUUCCGAUAGAAAAUCACGAAUCGAUACUCGCUGAAUUAUUCAUUCGGCCUUUCAUUAACCAGCCAGCUGACCGUCCGAAAGUUAUACCCGCUGCGAGGGAAAAAAAUAAGUGUUUCUUGCGACGACGAUUUAACUUGCGGGCCAAACUUUCAUUUCCUGGCGAACGCUGAUAAGACGGUGCUCGCCAGGACGGGGUUGAACGGCAAUAACCUCUAGCCAGAUCUUGAAUAAAAUUUCUUCUUGGUCCUGGACGAAUUAUCAAACGGAUUACCAAAGGAUUAUAACUUCGGUUAAGUCGACGUGAUCCUGUCCUCGUCGUUGGCUACAUUGAUCCCGUUCCCGACGCUGUCCAACAAUAAUAUUUAAUUACUGCCAAGGUGUCGGGAGAGGAUCGAAAGUAACUGUGGAAGUUGCGAGAUAUCCGUACGGGGUGGUGUUAAAAGUUUAAUUCAUGCCCGCCACCGCCAACGUCCCGAGUAUCCUGCGCGGCAGGACGAUCUGUCAGAAGGGUCAGAAGAAGAAGAACGUCGCUUUCACGGAAUAUCUGACAGAGAUAAUCGGCUACGGAGGCGAUGACUUCUUCUCGGACGCCGAGGAGGAGGACGAGCAGGACCUGGCCGAGUCGUUCAACGGCGACGACGAUCCUCUGCCAGAUAGCGAGGAGGAACGAGCUUUGGGUAACCUGACGCGUGCCAACACGAACUUCAACACGAUCACUGCCAAUCUGACGGAGAUCGUCUCCACGAACGAGACGAGCAAAUCGUCGGCCACGAGAUCCUUCGCGUCCUUGAUGCUCGGAAGGAUACAGAAGGAUUCGGAGGGCAAGAAGACCACAUUGUUGGUUUCGGUCACGCCGUUCGGUGGCGACGAAUCUUUGCCCACUGCCAAAAGACCCAGUGACAAAAAGGUUAAUGGAUUCGUCAACGGGCUCGUCCCGUCCCCAUCUAAGUGCAAGAACGGCGAGAAUGCUGAUAAAUCGGAGACGACGUCGAAAGGCGUGAAGAAGAUUGACGGGGAGGCGAAGAAGGAUGAGAAGAAGGAGCAGAAGUAUCCCACGGGAAUGGAGAAGAUCGUGGACAUGCCUCUGAUCGCGUCCAACAACUUAAUCUCCGUCAUGCAGCGAAACGAGUCGACGAUGGAGUUGAACGCGAAGGAUAAAACGUUCGAGGUUAACGAGGCCAGCGCGGAAAAGACUCUGGAGAUGGGUAAAUCGGAGAAGAAGGCGGCGAACAUCGCUCGCAGUCCAGCGAUCAAGAAGACGGACAACGAGAAGCCGAAAGUUGCCCCGCAAUCGGUUCAAAAUGGCACCACGAUGGAGUACGAUUUUUCCAGCAGACUCGGGAAAAGAGGCGACGUUUUAGAGAAGGGUAUCGAACUGACCCUGACUCCUUUGUCAAAGAACGACACCGAGGAAUCCGCCGAGAGCGAUAGAUCCAUGAUUCAAAGAAAAGACGCUGGAAAAAUCGUCGAAACGUCCGAGAGCCGUAAAGUGGAGAGCGAGGCGGCUCCGACAGAGAAGAAAUUCACUUUCGAGGAAAGUAGAGAAUUGGCUGGCGAGCCGGAUGGAAAGGCGGACGAGGAAGAAGUGACGGAACCGCCGGCGCUUCCGAGGAGUCCGUUACCCAUCGAAUCUAGGCCUCCUCUUCAGGGUGACACGAGCAAACCAGUCGUCGCCACGGAACCGCGACCAUCUUUCCUUCACGGUGCGGUUCACGUCGAAACGAAAGUGAAACCCGUAGUUCCUCAAAAGCCUAUCAAUUUCUUAACCAAGAGUCCAGCCGCGAUUCCUGACGGAAAUGGCCCGACGAAGAAGAGCUACGUGCUGCCUCCACCUUCCGUUCAAAACGCGGUGAACAGGCCCGCUCAAAGUAUAGGUGCAAGCAGCGUCCCGUCUCAGGAGCACCCUACUUCCUGUCGAUCGAUAACCACCAAAGACAAGCUCCAGGAACAACCUUCGAGUCCAGGAGCUUUCACCGAGAUGACGACGAAAGACGCGGAGACGAAUCGAAUCUCGCGGAUUCAGGAUAAUUCAAAGACCGUCUGUCAAGCGAUCGAACCCCCGACGAAAUCGGCGCCCACGGAAACCGCAGUGUCGAAAGUCUCCCCGGGAGUCAAUACUAAGAUGGCGCCUUUGAGCGUGGCCAGGAAACAAGCCGCGGAUGGCGGAGAUAACGAGAAUCUAGAUGUAGAAGAAGAAGUUCUGGACGCGCAGUGUUUGGCAGCGGAGUCGAUACGGUCGCCGAACAAAAGGAGAAUGGCACCCAAGCCACCGGCGGCUGAUUUGGCGGAGGAAUUGACCCCGAGCUCGACGUUGUUCGCCAGGAAUCCCGGGGCGAACUUUAAGUCGGACUCGCCGGUUGUCAGGGAGAAAGAAAAGAGGGAAAGAGCGUCCUCCUGCAGUCCGAAGUUCCGAAAAGCAGUCUCGGAUCUGCCAGACCCUACCAAUUCGCAAACGUCCGAUCCUGCCUCGAGGAGAACGAUAUCCUUGUCGCAGGACAGUCUGACUAGUGGACAGGAAGCUAGGGAAGAGAAAAAGAGGGGCAGAUCGCGUUUCUCUUUGAAGCGGUUCCUCAGGAUGGGCUCGAGAAAGGACGUGGACAUGAUCAACGGACACGCGUCCAAUUCGAGGAUCGACGAGAUACCAUCGACCCCGCAGCCGAAACCACGCUUGGAGAUCAUUCAUCCGCUCGAGCUGGACGGCGCUGCCGUCGAAGUGGUGGGGAACGAUAGGAUCAGCAGGAUAAGCGAGGAUCAACCGGAUUCCUGUGGUCCUAGAAACGACGCGGCAAGAGCAACUCGAUCGCCACCGAUGUCCACCGGAUCUCAUGCUACCGCGAGACCCGGAAAACCACCACCGCCGCCAAGGAACCAGUCCCUGGAGGAUUGGUCGAGACUGGAUGCAGCAAGUAAACCGGUCAGACCGCCACCGCCACGCGUUGAGAGCAAACAAUUACCGGCAAGAAGCGACAACAAACCGUCGAAAUCAUCGUCCUCCUCAUCGUCGUCAUCGUCAUCGUCAUCCUCAUCGUCCUCGUCCCCGUCAUCUUGGCAGCCUACCGCCUCGACCACCUCAGACUCGAUUUACGCGAAUCUGGCAGCGGAGGAUGUUACAGGUGAGGUGCGCAGCUCGUUGGCACCCUCGAAACCGCAAAGAACCGCCAGUAUGAGGGACCAAGCUACCUCGCAGCCGAUCCUCAAGAAACACGGCUCAUCCAGUCCGGCCCUUAAUCAAGAUUACGAGCCAGUCGCGGUUUCUGCACCACCCACCUCCGAUUCUCUGACGUCUAACGACAGUCAUGUUUACGAGUGCCUUUCUAGUUCGCCAGAGUGCGAUUCGAAUCUCGAGCUCCGACACGGGGGCGGAUCUCAUCUCACCUGCAAGAGGAAAUCCGACAGCAACGCGAUGGAACCCACUGCGGAAUUCAAAUUCCAUCAUCAGACGUUCGUCAGGUCGACUUCGCUUCCGUAUUGCGGUAGCGAGACCGAGAGCGAGUUGUAUGCACCGUACGGUUUUUACACUGGCGACGAGGGCCCCGAGGAGGAUCAGGACUGGAAGAAUAAGGACGACGAAUUAAGGAUAAGCCGAUUGAGGCAACGCAGAGGUCGCAGUAUAGUUCAUCGGAGCCUCGAGGAUAAUUACGGCGCCGUGGUCGUCGCGAAUCACGAGGCUCUCGCGCAAUUUCUCGAGCAGCUGAACCAAACGCCUCAAGUGCCAACCGGGCUGCGAGCACUGAAAAAUACGAAUCCCCGUAUAAGCCACUUCAACAUCGACGCCAAUACGUCGAUUACCGUCGGCAGAAGAAUAUUUUACUCGGCGACGUGGAACGAGAUGAACGUCACUCUCUGCGUCGCCUUCGAUCUGGCCACACACGUGUCACGGAAAGAAUUUUAUUUGGCACCUAUAAUCGAGUUUAUAGACAGCGUGCCGAAGGAAAUUACCGAGAAAGCGGGACUGGCUGGGAACAAGCAGCCCGAAGUGACCAUUUCUGUUCUACCCCGUCUGCAAGUAAGCACGAUACAAUCGUUCGGCGUCGCGACGACCAAGGACAUGCACGAGGAGGGAACGAUCAGAGAAGCCUCGUUUGUGCUUCUCCAAUUCGUCACCGCGUUGAAGAGCCUUCAAGCGAGAGGAAUCGAGGAGUCCGCGAGCAGUCUGAACAACGUGGUACUCUGCAGGGAGGACAAGGAUGCCUAUUACAGGCUCUACCUUCUUCAGGGAUUGAACGUGGAGACGAACGAGGAACGAGAAGAGGAUAGGGUCUCAUUGUGCCAGUGCGCCCUCGUCGCGCUUCGACAAUUGAACUUGACGAACAGGUUACCCUUGAUUCAGGAGCUGCUCAUGAGGGAAAAGGCGGUCACGUUGUCUCAGGUGAAAUCAGUCCUGGAAUUUUCUCUGUGGGGACCAGCGGACGUGACCCUAGGUGGACCACGAGAGAGGGAGGUCACCCUACAAAGAUGGCUCGAUCUGGAGAGAGCGAACGUUCUUCAUGCUCUAGUGAGGACGAGAACACCCCUGACCGUCACGGACGAAUACCAAUUGCUAUUCUUGGUUCGAACCAGCGCGAAAAUUAUGGGCCAAGCGUCAUUGCUGUUGGACGAGCAACGAACCAGGCUGGCCAAAACUCGCUAAUCGACCCUUUUUUCCGUGAACCAACCGAUGCCAAACGAACCGGCGAACGUUUCGUGGACAAAAUACACUUAUUCGAUGUUCGACCAACCUGACAGGAACGUGUAAGAUCUUCAAGCAAUACGCGAAAGCGAGCAGAAAGCGCAGGAUAAUCGUAAUUGUACAGAUCUGAUAAAAAUUUAGGACGAAUCGUAGGUAUUCGAGUGCGUGCCAAUGCUCAAAGUGCUAAAUCCGAUCGCGUGGAAUUACGCUCUCUAUCGAUCCACUUUUCAACGCGUGUCUUUUAUAAAUAAUUAUUUCCCAUCACUGUUUUAUGUAUAAUCUUAUUGAUUAUUUGUAUAAAUAAAUGCUCGAGAUAAUACGUA